AUGAAAGGCAGUAGUAGGAAUAAGGAUCAUUCGACAGAAGGGGAAGGAACUGGGAAGCGACCAAAAAGAAAGUGUCUUCAGUGGCAUCCCCUGCUUGCCAAAAAACUCCUUGACUUCUCUGAAGAGGAAGAAGAAGAGGAAGAGGACGAAGAUAUUGAUAAGGUGCCACUCCUCGGCGCUGACAGUUUAGAGCAGGAUGCUGAUGAAACCGAAGAUGAGGAGUCAGAGCAGCGAGCUCGCCGACCAAUGAAUGCAUUUCUCUUGUUCUGCAAGCGCCAUCGCUCCCUCGUGCGAAAAGAACACCCUCGCCUUGAUAAUCGUGGCGCAACCAAGAUCUUGGCAGAUUGGUGGGCUGUUCUAGAUCCAAAAGAAAAGCAGAAAUACACUGACAUGGCCAAGGAGUACAAGGAUGCUUUUAUGAAGGCAAAUCCAGGGUACAAGUGGUGCCCCACUACAAACAAACCUGUAAAAACCCAGACAUCCACUGUAACAAACAGGAAAAAGCUAUGGGCCUUUGCAUCAGAUGCUACAAAAGACUUACCAAGCCCAAGGAAAGUGACAACAAAAAGUGAAGAAAUGCCACAGCUUAACUUCGGGAUGGCAGAUCCUACACAAAUGGGAGGUCUGAGUAUGCUGCUUCUAGCCGGGGAACAUGCCCUGACUGCACAAGAGGUUUCCUCAAGUACUUGCCAGUCUGAUGCAACUAAUUCUACAGAAGCCUGUCAGAAGUCAUCAUUGUUUCAGUUUGCAGAGAUCUCUUCGAGCACAUCACAGCCUGGAGUCCCAGGAGCUGUAAAACAAACUGAGGAGUCUGCACUGUUUCAGUUUGCUGAGAUGUCAUCAAAUACUUCCCAGUUGUCAAGUCCUGAGCUAGUAAAGCUCUGUGGGAAGUCUGCACUCUUCCAGUUGGCAAGAAUGUGCCUUGCUUCAGAAGGAGUAAAAGUGAAAGAACCUGGGAAAACAAAAGUGGAAGCACCAGAAGAUGCGGGAGGGGAAGUUCUGAAGGAAAUGGAAGUAGAACUGGAGAAAGCGAUAAAAGACUCCUGUAAAGGAAAAAUAGAACAAUUAGAGAUCAAAAGAAUGCAAAACCGGGAUGACACAAAAGCUGAGGAAUCAGAAACUGCAAAAUGCGGAGAUUUUACUAGUCUCGCAAUGGAGAACAGUCCUUUUGAGAGAAAUGAUAACACAAAGGAUCACAUGUGCUGUUCUCCAGAGCUUUCAAUAGCUGACAUGAAUAUCUUCGGGCUAAAGCCUGAAAAGAUCAAGAAGAAAAAGAAAAAAAAUAAGCUGGACCGGCACACAAGUGAGAAAUCCACCCCCAAGAAACCCUGUAAAAAGCGGCAGUCCUCCGAGUCGGACAUUGAGAGUGUCAUGUAUACGAUUGAAGCCGUUGCGAAGGGGGACUGGGGUGCUGAGAGACUCGCGGAUACUCCCCGCAAAAAACCCCGCCCUGUGUCAAAUGUGAAGGAAAGCAUGUUGGAUACAAAAUCACCAAAGAAAAAAGUGAAGUCAAAAGACAAGAAAACAUCAAAGGAGAAACCCACGGAGACCACCAAAGAGUCAAAGCCUCCCGAUUUCCUUAGUAUUGCAGCCAGCAAGGAAGAACCGUGUGAGGCUUCUGAUAACAUUAAAGUGGAACCACUGACCCCAACAGAGGAGGUGGUACCCCAAAGCUUACCAGAACAGGUCAAAACUGAGGACAGUGACUGUGUUAAAAAGAUAGAAACCUGUGGCUCCAGGAAAUCAGAGAGAUCUUGCAAAGGUGCUCUUUAUAAAACUCUGGUGUCAGAGGGCAUGCUCACAUCUCUGCGUGCUAACGUGGACAGAGGAAAAAGAAGCUCAGGAAAAGGCAACUCCUCAGAUCAUGAAGGAUGCUGGAGUGAAGAAAACUGGGCUUUUUCCCAAAGUGGGACGAGUGGGAACAAAAAACUGAAAAGGCCUAGGCCAAAGGAAGAGUUUGUUUUUGGCUUAGCAAAGUUGGAAGAAGAAUUUGAAAAGAAAUUCAACAGCCUCCCUCAAUACAGUCCUAUUACCUUUGACAGGAAAAAUUCAUCUGUUCCAAGAAAAAAGAGGAAGGUUGGAAGUGGCUCAUCCGAACAUCCAAAAUCCAACAAAGGCUCAGGUGCAAAAUGGUAAAUGAGCAUAGCUAGUAGCUGAACUAUUUUAUCUGUAAAACUGCAUUUUUGUCCUCUUUCAGCCAUACUUUCAGAAGACAGAAUUUCCAGUGAGUCUGCCUGGAAGAAUAAAAUUUCUAUAUCUGCCCUAAACACUCCAGAGCCAGCAAUGAUGCAUGAGCCUUUAGUUGGCAGCCAGAAAAGGAAAGCAAGGAAAACUAAGAUCACACAUCUUGUCCGAACAGCAGAUGGUCAAGUGUCACCAGCAGGAGGGACACUGGAGGAGAAGCUGAAAGAGCUGCCACAAAGUACUCUUCAAAAAACACAAAGUGCAGAAACAGAUUGCAACAGUGAAUGCUCCAGAAAUGCAGAGACAGAAGAAAAUCAUAGUAUUACAUCAGAUAUGCCAGCAGUGUCUGCAUUUUUUAGCUUAGCUGCUCUGGCAGAAGUAGCAGCCAUGGAAAAUGUACACAGAAGUCAGAGGGCCACACCUCUCCCACAUGAUGGACAGCCAAAUGAAAUGUCUCAGGCUCCAGUGCUUAUUUCCUGCGCUGACCAGUGAAGCUCCACUUUAUUGUAAAACAUUGUGCUUUACCUAAUAUCCUAGCCUUGUCUUUACCAAGGGAAGCUAGUCAGUCCAUAUGAUGGAAACUAUAGACUGCAAGCAAGUGCUUAUUGUUCUGAGUGGCCCAGAAUUCACUGGAAGCCAGACGUUAGCAACUUGGGCCAGGUCUCAAAUCGGAACCCAGUUAUGUAGGAGGGUGAUAUUAAUUGUCUAUUAAUGAACAGAAAUGGAAUGAUCCUAGAGCUUGCUUUCUAUUGAAGGCUUUUAAACAGUAAAUAGGUGGUUGGUGUGAAAAAGGCUGCCUUUACUGUUAGCUCACACAGCAUCUCUUUUACCAACCAGAGAGUACGGCAACUAGUUUCGUACAAUACCUAGUUAUUCUAAAUUAAACAAAAAAAAAACAAAAA